CCGGUGAUCUCAUUGUUUACCGACCGACUUGGACAUUUCACACCACCCGAAUGCACAAGGGACAUGCACUCCGGCUACGCUUACGACCGCUAGUCCCUCUACGCCAAUGCAUGCGGCCGUCUCCUCGGUAGCGGACCAUGCGCGCAGGAACCACCACAUCGUCGUCCCGCUGCUCUUCGUCGUCCUCGCUGCAACCGCAAACGUCCACGCUCCUGUGCAGCACCAGCUGCUCAUAACCUCCGUGUCAUGGCUCGCCGUAUGCAUGGCCACGCUCUUUUGGGCCGGCGCCAGAAGAACACACGGACCCAAGAGAAGGACAAGUUGGCUGGCAGGUGGCUUCCUGGCCCUGUCACAGAUAUGCGAAAGGGCAGCAUGCGACAAGGAGGGCAUGUGGUCGACGAAGGGACUGCUUCCCUUGCUAGUUGUCCUUUUGUCUGAGAUCGACGUGCUCCCAGCGCACCUUGCAUUGCCAACCCAUGCUUCACCGACCAGCCCUUCCAAAGAAAGCGCACCUACCACAGAACAGCACAUCCAAUCGCCGUCUUUCCGACUGCUCUCCAUAGCCACACUCUCUGCGAGCCUCGUCCUGUCUACAGGCUUCACUGCAUCCCCCACGUUCGCCCUCGGUGUCAGCAGCGUUAUAUUCGCUGCCGUCGGCUUUGUGCUGUUCGACCAAGCUUUAAGGACGCCGAGCGACGGCGGAACCUUUCACAAGUCACCACAGAUUACCGCUGACGGCAGUCUCUCACGUGCUGGCACAAGCGAUGGACCUACCAAGAAACAGCAGCUCGCUGUGCUGAGAGAUCUAGCUUUAGUCAUGGCCUUAGCUUGCGGUCUGGCUGCUUACCUGAUGGAGCCACGGAUAACUUCCUCCACCAUCUCGUGGGAGCCUGUCUACCGGUUUGGAGGUGGUUCGGUGAAGACGGUCCGGCAUUACAAAACAGUAAAGCUUGUUCUGGUCCUCAUUCUUGUCAAUGUUCUUGUCAACGGCAUGACCUUUCUCAUACUCUCGCGUCAAAGCGUUGUACAUACUUCUUGCCUUUACGUUUUCGCAUGCAUCUGCUCUAGGUUGCGCUUGAGUGCCACUAUUUUUGGUGUCUGGCUCACGUUUGUUUACGGUGUCUCGGCUCUCACCUUUCUCAAUAGUAGUUCUCCAUCUUCUUCGAUCAUCGAUAUGCGAAACUCUGUACGACUUAGGCGAGCUCUGCUUUGUGUUACGGCGUUAUCGGUUGCUUUCUUUUUCCUACAUGAUACCCUCACGGCGCGAUAUGGCCUCCCCCAGGGCCAUUUGACCCCUCUUCAUACGUCCUCGCCUGUGUCUCCUUAUGGCCCAGUUCAGAUCGACAUGACCAAAGGACACCCCGCUGCACAGUUGAUCGAAUCUGCCGAGAAAGACUUCAGAGAUCUACUCAGGAAGCAAUCAAAAACCCUAAAAGAAGCAGUAGUGGAGUAUCGAAGACGCAACGGGAUCGCACCACCGCCACAUUUCGACAAAUGGUAUGAGUUCGCCACUCGGAAUGGUGUAGUGCUCAUUGAUGAGUUUGACACCAUUACGGAUUCACUACUCCCAUAUUGGAGCUUAAAGCCUUCCACAAUUCGGUCGCGGAUCAGGAACGCCCUUGGCAAUGAAGAUAGUGCACUGAUCGCUAUCCUCAUACGAGAUGGCAGCAUAGCCAAAGCAGAAGGUGAUCCUGAAUGGCAGCGAAAUGCUACCGCAGGAAUGCUGGAGAAGUUCGUGCAGUACCUCCCCGACAUGGAUCUGGGUUUCAACAUCCACGACGAACCACGGGUUGUAGUGCCAAACGAUCAUCUCUCAGCAAUGGUGGCGAAGGCGCAAAAGGUGUUGUCCACUCUCGCGAAAAACAAUCUUCCCAAGAAUAGCUUCUCUGAGCGCCCAUCAGAUGUCAAUAACGGGCAUCGAAUUGAAGAAGUGAGCUACAGUCGCUUCAAUAGGUUCGCCCACCAGCAGACAUGGACUCACUCACGCCUGUCCUGCCCGGCGCAGAGUCAAGCGCAACAGUUCGAGGAUCAGGUUCCAGACAACCUGACCGCAUACGCCGCUGGUCCGUUGAACUACGUUCUGAAUCAAUCUGCGUUCACAGACAUCUGCAACUCGCCAUCUUUUUCGGGAUCAUACGGUUUCUUCGAGCGCCCGAAUUCCUUCAGCAUUGUUCAUGAACUCACACCUAUCUUCUCGCAAUCGAAAAUCUCAAGCUUUCAGGAUAUAUUGUACCCAAGCCCGUGGUACUGGUUUGGCAAGGUGGGCUACGACGACUGGCACGACACGAAGUGGGAGAACAAAACGAAUAGUCUCUACUGGCGCGGCUCCACUACUGGUGGAUUCAGUCGAAAAGGUGGUUGGCGUCGCCAGCAUCGCCAGCGCAUCGUUCGUCGCCUCAACGCACUCGACAAAGCAAACAUUUCUGUUCCUGCUCACAGCGCGGAAGAUACAUCUCCAGCACUAGCGCACGAAGUGCAAGAAGUCGAUCGCACGCUCUACAGGUCCCUUGUCGACGUCAAAUUCAGUCAUAUAGGUCAGUGCGAUCCUGGAGACUGCGAUGCGCAGAGGGAAUUCUUCUUUGUGGCCGAGCACGCUGAUGGCCAGGAUGCCUGGUACUACAAGCACCUCCUCGACAUGGACGGUAACGCUUUCUCCGGUCGUUUCUACUCGUUCCUCAAGUCCCGUAGCUUGACGUACAAGAUGGCGGUGUUCCGCGAGUGGCACAACGAGUGGCUCAAGCCAUGGGUACACUAUAUUCCGUUCAGCCUCAUCGGAGACGAGCACUUGGAUCUAGUGCGGUGGUUUUCCGGCGAGGAUGUCAGGAAAGGAGAAAGCGAGGCCAACAAGGAAGCCAACAAGGGUGGCAACGGCGACAGCUUGGGCGAAAAGAAAGCGAGAGAGAUUGCGGAGAGAAGUACGCAGUGGUCAGGCAAGGCGCUGCGCAAUGUCGAUUUUGAAGCGUGGAUGUUCCGGCUGCUGCUUGAGUAUGGGCGGGUCAUUGAUGAUGAUAGGGAGAAUAUCGGGUAUCCGGGGCCUUGAAUGCAAUCGUUGCAUCGACAGGCG